ACGCGACAUUGAACAUCAACACAAACAAUUGCCACUUCUCACAUCAAACCUACUCUUCAAAUCUCAUACCCAACUUACAUAUCCCACCAAUCCCACAUACACAACAUGUCUGGACAAUCAAACGUCGGCAACAGCCAGGUCUACGAGGCCGGUGACCAGGUCACCCGCUCCAACGCCGAAAUUGAGCAGGAGAAGAAGGAGAACCGCUUCCACGAAGGCAAGGAGAACUCACACAAGGCCCAAGACUCCAAGGACGAGCGAACAAUCGCCAACAAGCUCGAACGCGAGGAGAAGCGUGAAAACGAGAAGGAGGAGAAGUCUCUCGAGGACCGCCAGCGCGAGAAGGAUGCUACUCUGCCAGCACGUGCACACGGCAACGAGCCCUCCAAGGGAGCGAAGAUUGAUCAGGAGUUGAAGGAGGAGGAUGAGGCCAUGCUCAAGAAGAAGGGCGCAAACUAAAAUCAUCGUUCAAGGAUGAUUCGAUACCCCGCAGCCACAUACUUGCGUGUUUGGAGUUUUGAGGGCAUAGUGUAGUUAAUGAUAGGAUUGACGAUUGAACGUCUCCACGAGAGCCAGCCUGGAACACGGCCAAGGCAUGAAUGAAAACUAUUACCACUUUAUA